AUGAUCCUUCUAGAAUCAACAGAGAAGCGCAGGAUCCUAGUUCCACGACACAAAGGAUACUCCAAGGAGGUCACCAGCGGCACUUUCAACAGAUCAGUCUUCUUCUGGUUGACGUCACUCUUCAUCAACGGAUACAGAAACAUCCUUCACCUAGAUGACCUCUAUCCACUGGACCCGAAGCUAGCCUCAGAGCCGCUCUACAGAAAACUCGCCGAAGCGUGGGACCAAGUCCCCGACAAGACGGUCCCCGGCGCUUUGUUCAGCACCUGGCUCCGUGCCUUUGCCGGCCCUCUUUCUGCGGCCAUCGUCCCGAAACUCUUCCAGAUCGCCUUCAACUACGCCCAGCCGUUUCUGAUUGACGAGGCAAUUCGCCUUGCCAGUCAGCCGCAACAGCAGCCCUACAAUAAUCGCGGUUUUGGUUUGAUAGGGGCGUACGUGAUCGUUUAUACCGGUAUUGCUGUUUCGACGGGCCAGUAUGACUGGCGCAAUCAACGUGCGGCCUCCAUGACGAGGGGCAGUACGACGGCUCUUGUCUAUCGGAAAGCAUUGAGGCUGGAUUUGACGUCGCCCAACGUCAGCCCUUCAGGAGCUCUGACCUUGGUCGGAACCGAUAGCGAAACCAUCAGCCAGGGCAUCACGCAGCUUCACGAGGUCUGGAGUGGACUUCUCGAAAUUGGUAUUGGAAUCUACCUGAUUUACAGGCAGCUUGGGGCUGCCUGUGCCAUGCCCGUUGCCCUCGUUUUCGUUGUCCUACUUGCUACAGCUUUCCUCGCUGUUCCUACAGGCAAAGCAUCCGCGGAAUGGAUCAAAGCCUCGCAAGAUCGCGUCUCGACGACCUCCAAGACGCUGGGAAACAUCAAGUGGCUCAAGAUAUCUGGCCUCAAUGAUGUUGCCUUUUCGGUGGUUCAAAAGCUUCGAACCGUAGAGCUCGAGGUUUCCAAGAGGUUCAGAGUACUGUUGGGCAUAUCUAUGAUGUUUUUCGGCAUCGUCAUGGGUCUCCCGCUCCUGGCUUCUGCCAUGACUUCUUUCCAGAGAAUCCAAGACUUUUUGAAUGGCAAGGAAAGAGUUGAUGCCAGACUCGCUAGCGAAGGUAGCAAAAUUGCUGGGGCUGGGAGAUCCGUGGCAGGGUCUCCCAAAUCUGCCAGUCUAGGCCCAGGCUUCGAGCUAUCCGACAUGCAUGGAAGUGAGUUUCCAGUCGCCAAUCUAGCUCCCAACGUCAUCGCCUCUGUAAAGGGAACGUUCUCUUGGUCAGACGACUCCAAGCCGAUCAUUGACAUCGACACCUGGAACAUUCGGCGGCGAGCUUUCACCUUGGUACUUGGUCCCGUGGGCUGCGGCAAGUCGACAAUUCUGAAGUGUCUACUAGGCGAAUUAUCGUCUUUCAAGGGCACUAUUUCCACCAACUUCUCCGGCGUCACGUAUUGCGGCCAAACCGCGUGGAUACCGAACGACGGUGUGCGGAAUAUCAUCACCGGCCACGCCGCGUUCGAUCCGGCAUGGUACUACACCGUCAUCAGGGCGUGUGCUUUGGAGCAAGACAUCUCUAGCUGGCCGAAUGGAGAUAGUACUGUGACGGGUACGAAGGGCAUUUCCAUGAGUGGCGGUCAGAAGCAUCGUCUGGCCAUUGCUCGUGCCUUAUACGCAAGACAAGAGUUGUUGGUGCUUGACGACGUUUUCAGUGGUCUAGACUCUAGCACCGAAGACGUCGUCUUUAACAACCUAUUCGGAACCAGCGGCUUACUACGCCAAACGGAUACGACUGUCAUCUUGGCAUCCUCCGAUUCCCGCCGCAUCCCGUUCGCCGACGACGUCGUACUUCUCAACGAUGAGGGUCGGAUCAUAGAUAACGAGUCGGUCAUGAAAGCUGACCGACUAACCGACUUCCCGAGUAAACACGCCGGCACAAGCGCCAGCGACAGCACCGCACCCCUGCCAAUGAUUACAACAAACGAUAAACCACCAGCCACGGUCCUCGGUCUCCUUGAAGACCAAGCAGAUUCCGCCCGUCAACUCGGCGACUGGAGGAUGUAUAGCUUCUAUGCCAGGGCAGCUGGGUGGUUCAGUCUGUCGACGUUUGCUGGCGCCAUGAUUGUCUUUGCCUUUUGCGACUCAUUUCCCGAUAUCUGGCUCAAGUGGUGGGCUGAGUCCAACGAACAGAGACCGAACCAAGAUCUGGGCAAGUGGCUUGGUGUCUACGCGGCUCUUGGAGUUGGAUCUGUGGCUUCGGUUCUCUUUGGAAUGUGUUCUGUGGACAGCGGAAUCACAGUCAAUAGGUUCAGUCAAGAUCUCCAACUCAUUGACAUGGAGCUACCAGCCGCAGCACUCGGCUUGGCCGUAGGUGUCGCAUUCGGCGUAGCCCGCUUCAUAGUAAUGUCCGUCUCCUCACGCUACAUGGCCGCCAUCCUCCCCUUCCUCAUCCCAACCUUCUACGCCAUCCAGCACUUCUACCUCCGCACCUCGAGACAAAUGCGCCUCCUCGACAUCGAGCACAAGGCGCCCCUAUACUCCCAACUCAUCGAAACCCUCGAGGGCCUGGCCACCAUCAGAGCCUUCCGCUGGGAAGAUGAAUUCGAAAAGGUUAACCUCCAUCGGCUCGACGACUCGCAGCGACCCAAGUACCUCCUCGCGUGUCUGCAGAGCUGGCUGACGUUUUCGGUCGACACGGUGAUUGCGGUCAUCGCCGUCGUGCUUAUCGUCUUGGUCACGACGCUGCGCGAGCAGAUUGGGCCGGGGUUCAUUGGUGUUGCCUUGACAAAUGUGUUGGCGUUUAGCGGGUGUGUCAAGGCCAUAAUCACGUCGUGGGUCAUGUUAGAGGUUUCGCUUGGUGCGGUUGCGAGGGUGAGGAACUUUUCUUUGACGACUGCGUCUGAGGACAACUCUCGGGUGCAGCUUGCGGAGCCGGAGGGAGAGUGGCCGAGUCGGGGGGCAGUUGAGCUUCGGAAAGUGACGGCGUCCUACGCGUAA